AUGAACCUAGCCAAGAAGAACCUCAAAAUCUCACUCAAAACGCCGCCGCCCACUUCCCCUCCUCCGCCGCAGCCAGACCCCGCCGCAGUUGCCAAAUCGAUACUCAACUCCGGCGAUCCGGAAUCCCUUGCCCAAACCCUCAGUUCCAUCCACAAGUGGAACCCUAACCUAGUCGAGACAGUCCUCAAACGUCUCUGGAACCAUGGCCCCAAAGCCCUCCAAUUCUUCGACCUCCUCGACCGGCACCACUCCCCGCACUGCCACUCCGCCGCCGCCUUCGACCACGCCAUCGACAUCGCCGCCCGAUUGCGGGACUACAAGUCCGCGUGGGCCCUCGUGAGCCGAAUGCGGUCCAUGAAAUUGGGCCCCUCCCCCAAAACCUUCGCCAUAAUCACCGAGCGGUACGUUUCCGCCGGAAAAGCCGACAAGGCCGUCAAGGUGUUCCUGUCCAUGCACGAGCACGGCUGCCAGCAAGAUCUGAACUCGUUCAACACCUUCCUCGACGUUCUCUGCAAGUCAAAAAGGGCAGAAAUGGCUUACCGGCUGUUCAAGAUCUUCCGGGGGAGGUUUAGGGCUGACGUGAUCAGCUACAACAUCAUUGCAAAUGGGUUCUGCCUAAAGAAGCAGACCCCACGCGCCUUGGAAGUCGUGAAGGAGAUGGUCGAGAGGGGUUUGGAGCCAACCCUGACCACGUAUAAUACACUGCUCAAGGGUUAUUUUGGGGCAGGGCAGAUCAAAGAAGGGUGGGAAUUUUUCUUGCAGAUGAAAAGGAGAAAGGUAGAAAUUGAUGUCGUGAGCUACACGACUGUGGUUCACGGACUUGGCAUUUCGGGUGAGGUGGAAAGGUCGAAAAAGGUAUUUGAUGAGAUGUGUGAAGCUGGUGUGCUCCCUUCUGUCGCCACUUACAAUGCCCUGAUUCAGGUACUGUGCAAGAAGGACUGUGUGGAAAAUGCUGUUGUGAUGUUUGAGGAGAUGUUGAGAAAAGGCUACACGCCGAAUGCAACUACGUAUAAUGUUGUAAUUCAUGGGCUUUGCCAUGCGGGAAAAAUGGAUACAGCUGUUGAGUAUAUGGAGAAGAUGGUCUGUGAUUGUGAUCCAAACAUUCAGACGUUUAAUGUGGUUAUUCGGUACUAUUGUGAUGAUGGGGAAAUUGAGAAAGCUUUGGAAGUGUUGGAUAGGAUGAAUGGUGGUGGAUCUUGUUUGCCGAAUUUGGAUACUUACAAUAUUCUGAUUGGUGCGAUGUUCGUGAGGAAGAAGUCAGAGGACUUGGUGACUGCUGGGAAAUUGUUGGUGGAAAUGGUCGAUCGUGGGUUUUUGCCGCGUAAGUUUAUUUUCAAUCGGGUGCUGAAUGGACUUAUGCUGACUGGUAAUCAGGGAUUUGCUCAGGAGAUUCUGAGGAUGAUGAGUAUAAAUGGCAAUCUUCCUCGUGGCGAGUGCUCAAGGUCGAGCAACAACAGCUCAGAUGGAGAGAAAGCUUUAAAGCAAGGUGUAGCACUUAAGGACCUUACAACUACUCUUGCUUUAGAGAAAAGUCAAGCUCAAGUCGAAUUAAGUAAAGACAAAGUCAAGCAUUUGCCAAACUAUUACAAUCUUGAUCCUAAGGAGUAGGACUCCAGUAUGAAGAACUCGUUGCUGAUUGUAUACAAAUGGCACAAGUGUUGACGCUUGAGUUGCUUCCUAUGGACGUUGAAUUGAAUUGGAAGACGGUUUCUUCAAAGUUUCUUGGUUCUCAACAUCCUCGUUAACCUGAAUGUUGGUCGGGUCUCACGCAGACAAGAGACCCGCAGACAACCUGAAUGUUGAAGGUCGAUACUCUUGUGGGCAACCUGAGUUUGUGAUUGAUGGGUCUCAACUACUUGAAAUUACGUCCGUUCACAGUCAGUCAAUUCAGCUAUCAACUAUUCGUUAUAUGCCAAAUGAAGUCAAGCUAUCCAACUAGCUAAUUAAACCAGCUAUCAAUCAAUCCAUUCAGCUAUCAAGCUAUUAAUCAGUUCAUUUAGCUAUCAACUAUUUGUUAAAUGCCAAAUGAAGCCAAGCUAUCCAACUAACUAAUGAAACAAACUCACAUCUGGUAAGGUCAAACAAAGUCAAACAUACUGAAAUAGAAAAAAUAUUAGACGAAUAGUAAUUAAUUGAAAGGUGAUUGCAUUUUUUUAUAUGCAAA